AUGUCUUCGGGAGAGCCGGUUGUCCUCUAUUCGUACUGGAGAUCCUCAUGCUCAUGGCGUGUGCGGAUUGCUCUUGCACUCAAGGAAAUUCACUACCAAUAUGUGGCUGUGAAUUUAUUGGAAUCUAAACAAUCGAGUGAAGACUAUGCACAACGAAAUCCAUCCAAACUCGUUCCGACAUUGGAAAUUGAUGGACACACUCUGAAUCAAUCCAUUGCCAUUAUGGAAUAUUUAGAAGAGACGAGAGGUGAUCAGGGAGUGCACUUGUUGCCCACUUCUGAUCCAUACAAGAGGCAAUUGGUUCGUCAAAUCUGUCAAAUGAUUGCUUCCGAUAUUCAACCCAUUCAAAAUUUGAGAGUCUUGAAGAAGAUUAAAGAAGAUUUCAAUACGGACGAAGCUGCCAAAUCAAAUUGGGGAAAAUAUUGGAUUGAAAAUGGUUUUGUUGCUGUGGAGAAGGUCUUGGAAAAGCACAGCGGAAAAUUCUGUGUGGGUGAUCAGGUCAGUAUGGCCGAUAUUUGUCUCGUUCCACAAGUAUACAAUGCCAAGAGAUUUAAUGUGGACAUGAGCAAAUUCCCAAACAUUGUUCGAAUUGAACAAGCAUGCUCGGAAUUGGAAGCAUUCAAAAAGGCUCAUCCAGAUCAGCAAGUGGACAAGGUGUAA